AUGAAGGUGAUCAUAACCGGUGGCACUGGCUACAUCGGCCAGCAGGUUCUGAGCCAGUGCCUUCAGUCUCCCUCGAUAAAAUCAGUUGUUUCGCUUUCUCGACGGGAUCCCGGAGUUCGUCAUGAGAAACUCGAGAUCAUCCUCCAUGACGACUUCUCCCAGUGCCCGCCCAAGAUCCUUUCGAAGAUCCAAGACGCGCAAGCUUGUAUCUACUGCCUGGGCACCAACAUUCCCGUGAAACCAGCAGAGCUCAACCGGAAAAUCAAUUUUGAAUAUGCUCUCACAACGGCCAGGAUUUUUGCGGGCUUCGACCAUUCCUCUCAGCCCUUUCACUUCGUUUACCUGAGCGGCGCUCUGCCCGAAAAGGAUACGGAGAAACACCUCUGGUUUCUCGCAGAGAACAGAAAGAUGAGAGGAGCACUCGAGAACAGUUUGCUACAACUUGACUCGGAGAAGCAUAAUCUGGGUUUCAGAGUCUUCAUCGCGCGGCCGGGCUUCGUCCAGCCCCGUGGAGCUGUCGUCAGGACCUGGUUGAUAGAUUAUGUCGCGAAUGCUAUAGUCAUUUCGGACCUUGCAAUUGCAAUGGUUCGCUUGGCAGUGGAAGGACAUGAACGGCCUCUGGUGGAGAACAGGGAGUUGAAAGACAUCGCCAGACUGCGAUAG